UUAUGAAGAUGUUGAUAAUGAUGAGUGCAGAGAUAAUGCGUGCCAGUAUAUGUCUAAAUGGCUGCUGCUGAGCGGCAGCUUAAGGGCUUCACAGCCAGCAUGACUAGCACGGAAAGCCUGCGCCUGUUAACGAGCAACGAAUUACGCGUUUGCCUGCCAAGCGCCGCAAUUGCGUCCAAGCAGCAACAAUUAUCGAACUAAAGCAGCAUAUACUUACACGUAAAUAAAUAAAUAUUGAAGAAAACAACGUCCAGCACAACGAUUACCGUUACGGCUACGACUACGGCUACGGAACAUCCAACACGACCACGACAACGACCACGCCGACGCCGCAGGAUACGCAGACUAGGACGGGCACAUGGCGAGCUGGAACAUAUUGUGCGCAACGCUGCUGGCCUGGCUGACGUUACUUACGGUUACCCACACGGUGCGCAUCACAAAUCUAAGAGUGCCGCACACCUAUACUCUGGAACGUGAUAAUGAGCCCGAUCCCCUGAUACUGGACUGUGAAUAUGAAAUAGGGCCACGUGAGAAGGGCUUUGUGCUCAAGUGGCUAUUCAAUAACCACUCCAUUUAUCAAUGGAUACCCUCGGUGAAGGGUUUUGCAAUGGGCUUCAUGAAGUCAAAGAUAGACACCAAAAUAUUCACCAUGGAGGGCAGUCCCGGUGUUAUAUCGAUAAAGAAUCCGGACUGGAACAUGACGGGGGAGUACACAUGUGCGGUGCAGACUUUCGAGUCGACGGAUAAGCGAAGUGCCCGUUUACAAAUAAUCGUUCCUGAAUCGGAUUUCAUGCUGGAGGCGCGCAUGGGUGGCGAGCAGACGGACGUGGACAUUAUGUGCGCGGUGCAGAAUGUAUUUCCACAGCCGGUACUAUCUGUCAUCUUUGAUACGCACAUCCUUGACUCUGUGCUAACGCAGUUGGAUCAAAAUCCCAGCGGCCUAUAUAGCAUGACAGUGCGAACGCGCAUUCCUAGAGAUCAACUAGAAUCCCCCACACCGAUUACUUGUGCGUUUUUCCUGCUCGGCACGAAUUACACUAAGCGCAGGGAGACUAUUUUCUAUGAUAAAGCCACAAAUAUACAACGCAAAUGGACAACAGUUGCCGUAGUUAUGUCGAUCGCAUCUUUAGCUUUAAGCAGUUAGUUUGGUAGUGGUGUAGGCUAUUUGUUUUUAUGUUCGAUUAGGAUGUUUCCUUUUCAUUUUUACAAUGAUUAUUAUAUAUGUAUAUUUAAUAGAAUUUUAUCGAUAAACGUAAUUUUUUGCGGUAUUUUUAAAAAAGCGCUUAUUUUGUAAAUGCAUGUAAAUGUAAGUUGAAUAACACAUGAGAAACAC